AUGGGUCAACCAGCACAUCUCCUGGAGUCUCCUCCAGGGGGGUCUCCUCCCCUGCCUGCCGCCUUUGCUGGGAGAGGGUGCGGGGUGGGGAGCCCUCCUGGUGUAAAGCGUUGUGCUGAGUGGUCCAUGCAGAUGAGCUCUGAGCCCUCAGAGCGACCCCCUGAGCUGGAUGGUAAGGACCAGGCACUUGGAAUUGCCGUUGGCUUCUUGGUCCCGCCUGUCUUGGUGCCUGACAUCGACAACCAGGCUGAGCUGGCCUACCACAUCAGCAUCAUGUCUUACAUAACUGCAGGGGUGGCCACUCUGCUUUUCAUCCUUGUCAUGAUUGUGUUCAAGGGGAUCCUAAACAUGCCCCCAGCAGGGCCCAGGUCCCCUCCUGCUUUGUGUUUAAGUUCUAUCAUCCGACUCUUCAAAAACCUCAACUUUGUGCUGCUCCUCAGCUAGGGUCUGAAUGCUGGUGCUUUUUACUCCUUGUCCACUCUGCUGAAUCGCAUGGUGAUCUUGCACUACCCGGUAAGGGGGACCACCUUAGUGGUCUAUAUCAUGACUCUGCUGGGCGUGUUGGUUUACACAUUGACCUUGAACCUGGGAUACCUGUGGAUAGUUUACGUAACUCCUAGUAUAUGGGGCAACUUCUUUAUGACUGGCUACCUCCCUCUGGGAUUUGAGUUUGCCGUGGAGCUGACAUACCCAGAAUCAGAAGGCAUGUCGUCCGGCCUCCUCAACGUGUCUGCCCAGAUAUUCGGGAUCAUCUUCACCAUCUCCCAGGGCCAGAUCAUCGACACCUACGGAACCAUGCCUGGCAACAUCUUCCUGUGUGUGUUCCUCACGCUUGGAGUGGCCCUCACUGGUGAGCUGGGGCCUCAGGGCCCGGUGACGCUCUGACUGCUCACGGCUUUAGGCUGCUGGCAGUUUGGGACCCAGUGUCCUCAUUGGUCCUACAGCUCAGGGGUACACAUGCAGUGGGACAGAGGGGAGGGCCUGUGAGCAAGUCUGUUUUGGAGGCAGCAGCAUAUUUUAGUGGAAGGAGCCUGGGUUUGUGGCCCGAGAAACCCUUGUUAGAAUCCUGGACUGUGACACUGACCUCCAGAGCUGUUUGACCUUGGACUAGUGCACCAACUUCUGGGAGCCUCACUUUCCUAAUCUGUAGGAUGAGAUUGCUGUGAGGUUUGGAGCAAUGCGUGCAGACUCCCUGCGGAUACCAGUGGUCUGGGAAGGAGGCCUGUGUCCUCACUGGCUUCUGCCUGUCAGGGACAGUGGGACCUGCAGUCUCUCUCAGGUUGUCUGACGCAACCCCCACUUCCCUGGAAGAUCUGAAGGGGGUGGGGUACCUGUGAGCCUUAGGAGGACAGGGCUCCCCCUCCUGGAUGCACUUGACCCCUGGUCUGCUUGGUAACUGUCUCUGUUGCCCUUCCUAUCUGCACUUUUGCUU